AGUGGGGCGAACAUGGCUGAAGGCAGCCGGGGUGGCCCACCGUGCAGCGGGGUGGGCAGCAGGCGGGACCCGGCCCCCAGCAGCAGCGGCUGCAACUUUCCAGAGUACGAGCUUCCAGAGCUAAACACGCGCGCUUUCCAUGUGGGCCCCUUUGGGGAGUUGUGGCGAGGCCGGCUGCGCGGGGUCGGGGACUUGUCGCUGAGGGGGCCGCCGGCACCCGCGCUGCCCGGGCCACAAGGGAUGGCUGACUCCGAGCGAGAGGAUGCCGCGGUGGCCAGGGAUCUGGGCUGCAGCCUGGAGGCGGCGGCCGAGCUAAGGACGGUGUGCGGCCUUGAUAAACUGAAAUGCCUUGAGGAAGGCCAGGAUCCAGAAGUCAUACCAGAGGAUACUGACCUGGUGACUUUGGGGGCUAGAAAGAAGUUCCUGGAACAUCGAGAAGAAACCAUAACAAUAGAUCGUGUCUGCAGACAAGAAACAUUUGCUUAUGAAAUGGAGUCACAUGCCAUAGGAAAAAAACCAGAAAAUCCAGCAGACACGAUUGAAGAAGGGGAGCUUAUCCUAUCUGUGAACAUCCUGUACCCUGUUAUAUUUAAUAAGCACAAAGAACACAAACCAUACCAGACAAUGCUGGUAUUGGGUAGUCAAAAGCUCACAGAACUGAGGGAUUCAAUUUGCUGUGUCAGUGACCUCCAGAUUGGUGGAGAAUUCAGCAACACUCCUGACCAAGCCCCUGAGCACAUCAGCAAAGACCUAUACAAAUCAGCCUUCUUUUAUUUUGAAGGAACAUUUUACAACGAUAAAAGAUAUCCGGAAUGUAGAGAUUUGAGCAGAACUAUCAUUGAGUGGUCAGAGGCCCGUGAUAGAGGCUAUGGCAAGUUUCAGACUGCUAGAAUGGAAGAUUUCACCUUCAAUGACUUGUAUAUUAAACUGGGUUUUCCUUACUUAUACUGUCACCAGGGUGACUGUGAACAUGUUGUUGUCAUUACUGACAUAAGGCUUGUGCAUCAUGAUGACUGCUUGGAUAAGACACUUUAUCCCCUUCUUAUAAAGAAGCACUGGCUAUGGACCAGAAAAUGUUUUGUUUGUAAAAUGUACACAGCUAGAUGGGUGACAAACAAUGACAGUUUCGCACCAGAAGACCCAUGUUUCUUUUGUGAUGUUUGCUUCCGAAUGCUCCACUAUGAUUCAGAAGGCAACAAACUGGGGGAAUUCCUUGCUUAUCCUUAUGUUGAUCCUGGAACUUUUAAUUAAAGAUAGCCAAAAAACCAAAACAAAAAAAAAAAAAGAGUACGCCCUUGUGAAAUAAUUGUCCUCUUGGACGGUUUAGAUUCAAGAAAUACCACGGAGGAACAGGAUCCACUUGCAACAGUCAUGUUAUAGCUACAAAAAGUUAAUCAACCACAGAUUUUCUUCAAGUCACUUGUAUUUCUAAAUGUUUAGAAAUGUAUUAUUUAUUCCAAAGUAUAUUUAUUUUGUGCUUUGUACUGAUUUUAAGUGGUUUUCUUAUUGAAAUUAUAGAAGUGAUUUAUAUAUUCUGAAUAUAAAUCCUUUGUCAGAUACACAUAUUCUGAUUGUCUCCCAGUCCUUGGCUUGCCUAUUCAUUCUGUAUCCAGAGUUUUUUGCUAAUGAUAAUUUCAAUGGUAACAUCAAGUAGUGGAAGCGUUUUGAAAAUUCUUUGAAGAAUAUGAGAGCUACACCAUCUACCAUGUGGCUUCCAAGGCUGUAUUUAAAUUCAACUGAAUUGUAGAGUUCUCUGGAUGGCUUAAGAACUGACAUUUACCACAUAAAUCAAAAACUGACGAAGCCUGUAAGCCUAUGUGUUUAAAAGAUUGACUGAAGUAUGUUUAUGGACUUAAAUGUCAUAUACACAAUUAAGUCGAUUGGUAUGGAGAUGACAAGCACCUGUUCCUGAUUGUCCUUUCUCUGGCCAAUGGGAUAAAAUACGUUGUUAGUGAAGCACUCAUACGACUCUAAAAGUCUUUGCUCUUGCACAGGAUUAGAUGGAUUAGAUGGCGGACAUCAUCUUGACCUGACAUCUUUAAUCAGGAGGCAGCUGCCAGAACCAGAGUAAGUUCAGAGUGACUCCCUUAUUUCAUUCCCAAAUAAAUGAGA